AUAAAGCGACGCUGGCGGCCGCGCCAUUCUUUCCGUGCCCGCGAACGCGGCCGAACUGAGUCGCGAUGCCCGUGGCCAGGAGCUGGGUGUGUCGCAAGACCUACGUGACCCCGCGGCGCCCCUUCGAGAAGUCGCGGCUCGACCAGGAGUUAAAACUGAUCGGGGAAUACGGGCUGAGGAACAAACGCGAGGUGUGGAGGGUGAAAUUCACGCUGGCCAAGAUCCGCAAAGCCGCGCGGGAGCUGCUCACGCUGGACGAGAAGGACCCGCGGCGCCUCUUCGAGGGUGGGGAACGAAUUUCGCGCCGUACGAAGCCCGAAUUUUUUGCCGUAAAAAACCCAAAUUUUGGAGUUUUGACUCGGGGUUUUUUUUGGGAAUUUGGGGAUUCCAGGGUGAGGAAGCAGGUGGUGAACAUCCCGUCGUUCAUCGUGCGCCUGGACUCGCAGAAACACAUCGACUUCUCGCUGCGCUCCCCCUACGGCGGCGGCCGCCCCGGGCGCGUCAAGAGGAAAAACGCCAAGAAGGGCCAGGGAGGGGCGGGGGGAGCCGAGGAUGAGGAGGAGGAUUGAGAAUUAUCCCCCAAAAAAU